AUGGAUACACAAGUGAAACAACGUGUAUGUGGCCUUUUAGGAGGUUUAUCUUAUGUCUCAACAGUUGAUUAUUAUAAUCAAAUGAAUCAAUUAGUUGGUAAAUUUUUACCCGGUCAUGGUAGUCAUAUUCAUAUUGUUUCACUUGAUAUUUUUCAUUAUAUUGAUUUACUAAAUAAGAAUCAAUGGUUUGAAGUAGCUGAAUUUCUUCUUGAAGGUGUUCAUCAAUUAGUAAAAAGUGGCAUUGAUUUUUUACUUAUUUGUUCGAAUACUGGUCAUAUAGCUGUACCACGAAUCAUAGAAUAUUAUCCUAAACUUGUUCUCCUUCAUAUAAGUGAUGCUGUAGCAUUUUCAAUUAAACAAAAAAAACUUAAAAAAAUCGGAUUUUUUGGAUCAAAAUUUGCCAUGGUAUCAAAUAGUUGUGUUGUUGAACGUUUAAUUCAACAUGAUUUAAAUAUUGUAUUUCCACAUAAAGAUGAAAUUGAACGUUUACAUGAUAUAAUUGUUGAUGAAUUAACAAAUAAUAUAUUUACUGAAGAAUCAAGAAAAUUUUAUGUCAAUUCUAUGCAACGUUUAUAUAAUGAACAACAAGUUGAAGGAAUUAUUCUUGGUUGUACUGAAAUUCCUCAACUUGUUAAACAAAGUGAUUUUUCUCAAAUACCUUUAUUCGAUUCAACACAAUUACAUGUUCAAUUAGCUGUCGAUUAUCAACUUGGUCGAUAUGAUAUUGAAUCAUUUUUACCAUCAAAAAGUUAA